GAGGCUGCCCUGGCAUUCACUCUGUAGACCAGGCUGGCCUCAAACUCAGAGAUCCACCUGCCUCUACCUCCCAAGUGCUGGGAUUAAAGGCGUGUACCACCGACACCCAGCUGUAAAGGGAGUUUUAAAGUAAGUACUUGCUGGGGCUGGAGAGGUUGAGUUAAAUUCCCAGCAACCACAUGGUGGCUCACAACCAUCUGUAAUGAGAUCUGGUGCCCUCUUUGGGUAUGUAGGCAGAACACUGAAUGUGAAAUAAAUAAAUCUUUAAAAAAAAGUACUUGCCCCUUAGUAUUGACUGAGUUUGUCCUGUAAUAAUGGCAUAUGAGUAUACCUUAUUUACUCAGGGCUUUCUUGAUCCUGGGACUUUGAGACCAGCCUGGGCAAGAAGUAAGCAAGCAAGAAGUAAGCACAGGCGAUUUAACAUUGCUUCCCUGGCAUAGGAAGCACAUGAGCCAGUACCUCAUUGGCACAGGUAAUGUAGUGCUGAAUCAUCAAGCUUACCGUGAAAGGAGCAAAGUAACUUUUCUGUCUGAAUACAUUGGAUUCCCAAGUUUGUUUAGAGGCUGUUUCUCAUGACAGUAUAAAUGUUGUAAUUUUGGAAACCAAAUCUCCCCUAUUUUUGACAAACCUGACCUGGUAGUCCUACCUCAAGCCCCCCAAGUAUUGGCAUUACAGUGAGCUUGUUCUUGUGAACUUUUCACUAAAGGUAGCUGUGUAUACUUGAAGGCAGGAAUUGGGAAACCCGGUUUUUAACUGGUACCUAAUGCUGUGUUUGUGCUCACAGCAAUUGUACAGCCAACCCAAUUCACUGGUGUGGACUCAUCUUGAAUCUGACAGCAUAAGAGACAAAUUGUUAGCAUGCAUAGAUAAAGCCAUCAGGUGAAGACUCAAUGUCCUCUGCUCAUAAGAGAAAGAUGGCCACAGGACAGAGUAUAUUUUUUCAAGAACCUUAGAAUUCAAAUGAGCACAAACCUUAAAGCUGCUUUUAGUCACCUUGCUUCUGUUAUGGGAAAAUGGGCUCUUUUUUUUUUUUUUUUGGUUUUACGAGACAGGGUUUCUCUAUUGUUUUGGAGGCUAUCGGUCCAGCCCGGCCUCGAACUCACAGAGAUCCGCCUGCCUCUGCCUCCCAAGUGCUGGGAUUAAAGGUGUGCGCCACCACCGCCCGGCAAAAAUGGGCUCUUGAAAGAAAGCCCAUUAAGUGAAAUUGGGUUUUAGGGAGCAGUGUCUUCACCCUUUGGUUUGAUUUAGAAGAACUAAAGUGAUCAGGAAUGAGAAAAAGCAGUAACAGAAAAUGUGGGCAGUGGUAGCACAUACGUUUAAUUCCAGCACUUGGGAGGCAGGGAAAGGUGGAUCUCUGUGAGGCCAGCUUGGUUUACGGAGUGAGUUCGAGGAUAGCCAAGGCUACACACAGACUAUGUCUUGGUGAAAAGGGGCUGAAGUGGUGGUUCAGGUUCCCAACACCCACAUGGCUGCUCACACCUACCUGUAACUCCAGUUCCAGGGGAUUUGACAUACUCACAUAAACACAUGUAGGCAAAACACCAAGCAUAUAAAAUAAAAGCACAGUGUAUUUCUCAGCUACCAGCUAUGAGAUGGUCCAGAUGAAGGUAAGGUAAGGGUUAUUCUUAGCAUAAUUCAUGAUCUAGCUAUAUUUCUAAGGAGUUCUAAAAUCAUAUUUUCUAUAAGUCUUACCUCAGCCAUGAGGGCUUGGCAAAUGUUUGUGGAGAGAGUAGUUUUCUGUUUGAAACACAGAUUUAUGUUAGGAUUUCAUGGAGAAUGAUCUCUUCAGUGCUAGAGAUAGAACUCUGCCUCACAUAUGUUAGGCAAGUACUCUACCCCUGAACCAUUUUUUUCUUCCUUGUUUUAGUGGAUUACAGUAAAGGGAUCUAUUUGACAUGAGAGCUAUAUUGACAUUCUGUUUCACUUAUUGUUUCCAUUUUAUACACUGAAAGUUCAGUUCCCAAGCAACUAGCACUUACAAACAUAGCUAUGGAUACACUGUUUGUCUUGGUAUUUAGGUCUAGUUUUCUACUUCCCUAUUUCUUAAUCAUAUAAAACAUUCAUGGUAGUAGGUUGAAUUAGAGGGUUUCUAUAAGUCUAUGUUAAUGGUUUGUAGCCUCUAAUGAGAAGCUAGGAAGAAUGUGUAGUCAGGACCUGGUCACUCUGAAUGUGGAGAUAUUCUCAAGACUAUCCUCUCAGUUGGCAGGCGUGUUAGAUGGCAGAGACCAAGAAGAGAUCAAGACCGUUGAUGGCUAGAUUUUUGUGGAUAGAGAUGGUGCUUUGUUUACUUUCAUUUUAGAUUUUCUGAGAAAUCAUGAGCUACCCUAUCUUAGGCUUCAGAGAGAAGCUCUUUUCUAUGAACUUGACUCUCUUAUUGAUCACUUAAGCCAGCACCUGCUACAAUCAAGACCUGCUGGCAUGGAUGUGCAUUUCCUAAACAGAAAUACUCAAGCCUACUUCAGGGUGUUUAGCUCUUGUAGCAAAACAAUCAAACUGCUAACUAGGAGGAUUACAGUGUUUGUAGAGCAACCUACAACACUGCCAGAGCAGUGACCCCUUCCCUCCUCAGAUGACUCUCUUCCGCUGCCUCCACAAAGACUUUCUCACCAUGACCUGGUUUUCCGCUGUGGCUCUGAUGGCACUAUUGACAACACAGGAGGCAGGUAUUUCGAGUGCUGAAGCACCUCUUUUAUUCCAGUUUUCUAACAUUUUAUCUCAAAGCUUAAAGUUCUUUAUGCCUAAAGCUCUUCCUGGCCAAAAAAAAAUGUUUAUUCAGACUAAUGUUUUGUCCAGCUAGAACAAGUAGCUAUUUUCUAAACUUGGGCACUUUGAGACUAAGAAGGAAUUGUGGGAUAGGUAAUAAACCAAGACUGCCCAGGGAAAAUAGAAACUAGUGUAGUUAUAAGAGGAACUCAUUCUGUAGAUUGUAUUCCACUGCUAAUGAAUGACUUGGAAUGAAUCAACUUAUUUCUGGCUUGAACAUUGGAGAGGUUCAGUGGUAUGACUGGAUUCCCUCACACACUAUGCAUUUAUUCUUCUAGACAUUAAAAAUGAUGGCUGCUUUUUUAUUUUUAUUUUUUGGUUUCUUAAGACAGGGUUUCUCUGUAUUGUUUUGGAGGUUGUCCUGGAAGUUGCUCUGGAGACCAGGCUGUCCUGGAAUUCACAGAGA